AUGGCAGACCCAGCCUACGACGACGACGAGGACAGCAAUGACACCCUCAUCCACCGAGUGCUGUCGCUGGGCCUUACCCCCCUACGAAUCUUGACCUCCCGCGCUGCCAUCAAAGCCUACCUCUCGACGAUCCUCUUUCUGGGCACCUCAACCGUCCUUCUCGCCCUCUCUUCCACCGCCUAUGCCUUCUUCUACUACAACUACAUACCCCAAAUCAGCCUCGAACGCGUUCUGUACCUGCAAUACGGCACAGAAUUGCCCCCUCACGCGACGGCGGCGCUGGACACAAACGGUGGUGGAUUGGUCUCGCAGCAAGCAUACAAUGUGGAAUUGAUCCUGGACAUGCCGCGCACCCCGACCAACCUGGCAGCGGGGAACUUCAUGCUGGAUUUGCGACUGUUGGGUUCCAAGGGUGUGCCUGACGCGGUGUCGUCCUGGUUAGGGAAUAUCACAAUGGAGAACGUGCUCUAUCACUCCCGCCGACCGGCCAUCUUACCCUACGCGUCUCCCAUCUUGUCGCUCAGCCACACGGUUCUACAUCUGCCCUGGCACCUGCUCAACCUGCGCGACCUGGACCGGUCUCACCUGGUCGUGCCCAUGUUCGAGAUGCUGGCUUUUCCCAGAGGUGCGAGAAAUGUGCCCACCCACGCCCGACUCGAGUUGCAAGCUGGCAGCAGUGUUCUACAGGUGUACGACGUCAAGUUGGCAUUUCGGGCCAAAUUUCAGGGCAUGAGGUACUGGAUCUACAAUUAUAGAGUUACGGCGUUUCUGGUUUUUACAGCCGUGUUUUAUGGCGUUAGCGUUAUAAGUAUGGCGUUGGGGUGGGCUGUGAUUUCGCACGCGUUUUCCGCUGAUGGGGCCGGCCAGAAGAGGAUCAAAUUGGAAGGGCGAGAUGGGAUGACGCCGAUCAAGACCGAACACGAGUCGUCCUCUGGCGCUGCGGCCGCCAAAGUCAAGACGGAAGAAGACGAGGCCGGCGAGUCGUCCGGUCCGCACGGUGGCGGUUUGUCAUUGUCCAACAUCUCCGACACGCCGACACAGUUUCCCACAGGGAGAGGCCGACCGCCGUUGUCUUAUCCCGGGCGUUCGACACCUGCGGCAGAAGCAUCAAGAGAAAAUGUGGAGGCGGAAGAAGAUCGUCUGAGAAGACCCAUCGGACCAGGCGAGGCGGCGGAUGAUGAAGACGAGGGAGAGGACUUUGGACCUCUUGAGGAAGACAGAGACGGUCGUGGGAGAGGGAGGGAAGGAGAUUCUGGGAUUGGGACGAGUAUGGAGAGCGAGCAUGUUGGCACCGGUGUUGUCCGGAGGAGGAGUUCGAGGGGGUUAGGGAAGAGAUCCUCGUAG